CAUAGAAUUUCUCUUAUAUAAAAAAUCUAGGAAACCCUGACUGAACUUCGGUAUCCCGCUCUCCUGAAUCCUGAUCAAUGGCGGCAUCUACUUACCACAAAGAAGACAUUAAAAAUAUAAUCCUGGAAAUACGUGAAGUGUUCAAAGAGAAUUCCUCAGAAUUGCAGGAACCUGAGGGGAAGAUCCUAAAUGAGAUCAACAAUAGCGACGUGAAAGCCCUAGUUAUUUUGAAGCAACAGCUUUGGAACGUGCUGACUUCUGUGGAAAAGUUGAAAAGCAAACCCUCCUCAAACAUUUUCCUCAAAGUUGAAAAGCUGACUUCUAAAAAACAGCUCAACAAUGCUGAAAAAAAACAAGUUCGGGAGGACCUUGAACGCGUUGCAAGCAAGGCAAAGUAUCUGAACGAGCAGGCGAGCAAGAAGGGAUCGGUGCCUGACGAUGUUAAAGAAUUGAUUGGGAGAGAAAAGGAAAUGGAGGAGAUUAUAGAUCAACUCAUGCUAUGGAGCAGAAGCGAAGAUAAUGGGGAAAGUCCUGUUCCUGUGAUUGCCAUUUCAGGGCUUGCAGGAAUAGGAAAGACAAAACUUGUCGACGAUGUCUGCCAGGAUCAGAAAGUCCAAGAGCAGGUUGGCUCGCAGGUCCGUGUCCCUGGUACCAACUACAACACCUUUGAUGCAGACUCCAUUGCAAAACAAAUCAUCAACUCAGCACCAUCUCCAUCACCCACGACAAAAACUCUCAACAUACUUGUAAUUCUGGAUGAUUGGAGAGCUGAGAUCAAAGACAAUGAUGUGAAGAUGUUGCACGACAAGGUAAAGGAGCAUGGGAAGGCGUCGCAGGUGUUAAAGAAGGUUGAUCCACGUGUUACAGCUAUCGUGAUAACUACACGUAGCUGUCUUGUGGUAAGGGAAAUUGCUGCUAGCCCGAUUAUGCAAUAUGAUUUGCAGGGACUUAAUGAAAAGCAAAGCGUGUUUUUGCUUAAGAAAGCUCUCGGAAGAGGUGCAUGUGAUGAUAAUGCGAGCAUCACAAAGAUUGUGGGGCAGUGUAGAGGCGUCCCUCUAGCCAUAAUAGCCAUGGCAAAAUGGCUCCAGUCUCCUCGUUCCGAAUAUUUGAUGCCAGUGGAGCAACUGAUAUGCUCCUAUUACGACAAGGUGUACGAAGAAGGGUUUCCCUACAAAUGCUUCCCAUAUUUUUCCUUGUUUCCUCAGGAUUUCUUGUUUGAUGCUGAGAGGUUAAUUCAUCUCUGGAUGGCAGAAGGGUUUCUUGGCUCACCAGAACCAGAAACAGGCCGUGGAUAUUUGAGGGACUUCGUUGGGAGAUCUAUGUUUCAAGACGUGAAGGUAGACGAGUUUGGCGAAGUGAGAAGCUUCAAAUUGCACCCGCUAAUGCAUGACAUAGCAAGAUUCGUGGCCGAUAGGGAGAUAAUCACCAUGGAUCCAAUCGGGCACAAGGUUCACGGCAAAGUCAAGAGAGCCUCGUUUGAUUUGAGCUUAAACUUUUCACGUGGAAUUCCACGUCCCCUUUAUGACAAGGCAAAAUCAUCACUAGCAAGCCUUCUUUUCUUCGCCAACCCAGAGUCACGAUUUCCUAUGCAGCUAGAUAUGAGCACUUCAAUGCUUGAAAAUAUCUUCAAGAGCUUCAAGAAGCUGCGCGUGUUGGAUCUCCGUGACUUGGAGAUCGGGACGGUGCCAAGCUCUAUUGGGGACCUGAAGGACUUAGAGUAUCUGGAUCUGUCCCAGAAUAAUAUUAUGGAGAAGCUCCCUAAUAACAUCACCAAGCUUUUCAAGUUACAGACGUUGAAACUGUUUUGUUGUUACUCGCUCAAAGAAUUGCCCAAGGACUUUGAGAAUCUAAAGCAACUCAAGCAUCUUGACAUUGAAGGAUGCCUGAGUCUCACUCACAUGCCUCCAAAAAUGGGAAAGCUGACUUCUCUGCAGACAUUGUCCGCUUUUGUAGCUAACAAGGACGACCCCAAGGGAGGCCUUGAGGAACUCCUAAAUCUCAACAAAUUGAGAGGACACUUGGAAAUUUUGUAUCUGGACCGGGUGCAGCAAUUUGGUAAUAGUAAGUCGGGAUGCAGACAAAAAAUUGGUGUUCAGAGCCUGACACUAAGAUGGGAUCUCAAGAUUGAUCAAGGGAAAAUACAACACCAUCUGUUACCUGAAGAUUUCCUUAUGUCCCAUUUUGAGCUGCGAGUAUUAAUCCUUAUGGGCUACAGAGUUCCCGACCUUUCUUUGUUCAAAUCCACUUCCACCCAAUUCGAACACCUUGUAAAGUUAAGCUUGCAGGACUGUCAAUGCGAAUACAUCUCACAAGAGGAUGCACUCCCACAACAGCUCAAGACCCUCGAACUUAUAAGGUUAGAUAAUCUCGAAUACGUUGCACGAAACUGUGACAAAGAUGCAGCUUUCUAUAAAACCCUGGUGGAGCUCACAGUCUGGGGUUGCCCUAAACUCAAAAGUUGGUGGCCAGAGGUGAAAGAGGUAAGCGAUAGGCCGGUCUUUGCUAGCAUUUCAAAGCUACAUGUCCAUCAUUGCCCUGACCUAACGUGCAUGCCUCUCUAUCCUCGUCUUGAUAUGGUCCCGAAGGAUUCUAACAGUUUUGGUAAAGAGCUGGUCCUUGAGGAAUCCAGCUUAAAUCUGCUACUGGAUACAUUAAGUAAGGGAACUGGUGCAAGAGACUCCAUUCCCCUUGAGAAUUUUCACAUUCAAAAUUGCAAUCAUUUAAAGAAUCUGUGCGAUGCUUUCCAGCAUCUGAGUUCACUCCAACGUCUUACGAUUGAAAACUGCGCCGAUAUUCACCUUUGCGGCCCAAACAAUCAAUGGAAUGGUCUAAAAAGCCUCCGUUUUCUCACGAUAAGGGAAAUUCCAAUUCUCAGCUCCCUUUCAUUUGGGGACAGCGUUACCACUCUGCGAGAACUCACCGUUCAUAACUGUGAGGGGUUAACUUCCAUUUCGGAUAGCAUUGGCAAACUCACCUCACUUCGGAGACUGGAGAUUUCUAAAUGCAACAAGUUGAAGUCGCUGCCCAAAGAAAUGGAAAAUCUCAAGUCUCUAAAAACCUUGCUCAUUUUGAACUGCAAAUUGUUACUGUCGAGGUGUCAACAAGAAACCGGCCGGCGACGAUUGGCCACAAAUUAGUCACGUUGAACAUAUCCAAGUGAAGUAAACAAUUUUCAAGCGUGUUCUUCCUUGGGUUUUCUCAAGGGCCAAGAUGAUGAUAGAUGUGGCCAUGCACGCUGAAUUAUGUGCUACACCUGAUAUAAGAAAAUGAAGUGAUUCCUUCCGAGAGAUCGAAACCACGAAUUUUCUUUUAGCACUGACUUGUUCUAUCUUUUUGUAAAUUUGUUGACCUUGUUUCUGCUCAUGUGUAAAAUCUGUUAUUUUCAGUGGAUUUUUAGUGAUCCUAUUUUAGUAUGUGUGGAUCUGUCGUUCUUUUAUCGUAUCAUAUUUAUCUUUCCAUUUGCUAUUGUUGUUUUCCUUCAAGAAUUAAAGCGGCCAAGUGCCCUAUAUAAAAUCUUCAGUGAUUUAAUGUA